GAUCGAAUCAGUGUAUUGAAAUACGCUCCUUCCUCUCAACUCGUCGGUGGCUUGUACCCAGGUGCCAGUAUUACGCAUGACAUCGCGCCGUACGGAUCCAUCGGUAUUUUUCAAAGAUCCGUUUCUCUCUGUACGCGAUUUUUUAUUUUUCUCUCUUUUAUUUUUCCCCUAAAAAUCGUCUUCUUAUUAAACAUAUUAUCUUUUUCUUUGUAUCUCCGAAGCAGUUCUUUUGAUUGCACUUCGAUCUUUUACCUCAAGAUUUAAAACAAGACGCAAGUAUUAUUCAAUUAUUACGCAGGUAUUGUCCGUCGAGACUCGUCUGAUAAUUUUGGAAAACAAUAUCAUAGUGUUGGCAGCGAAACGCUUCAUGAACAUACUGGAACAAUGACGUACGGCGGAGCUACGCACAAUACAGAUUAGACAUCUUACGAUCAACUCAACGACGUUACUUCAGAUCCGGAAACGCACAAAGCAUAUCAAAAUGAUAAUGCCCAAGAGUUUCUUCAGGAGGAUCAGCAAGGACUUCCGUCAGAAAGAGCUGAUGCCGCUGAAGUUAAUAUUUUUCGUUCAAGCUUCCACACUUUACGUAUUGUAUCCGUACUUGACUAUACAUAUGAGAGAACUGGGAAUAAACGUGGAAGAGACUGCGAUAAUGAGUUCCAUUACUCCUCUCGUGGCCAUGGUAAUGCCACCGCUUGCCGGUAUGCUAGCCGACCGGAUAGGAAAUUUCAAAAUUUUGCUGUCGGUGUUUUCUGCGUUCGGAGGUUUAGCGUCGUUAUUAUUACUACUGGUGCCGAUCGGCAGAGUGACAGUAGAUUUUCCCGAGAGGAUAAUCAUGGACCUCGGUUGUGAAGGUAGAAACGGCUCGUUAUUACACACAAUGAGCCAGACUCAUCCGUGUGAGACAAAAUUAGAAUCGGAGAUCGCUAUAAAAGUAGAAAGUUGUGGAUUCGUUUGCGGAGUGGAAACGCACAACGAGACGGAUCGAAGUCUGAUUCUAAAAUCGAGGCUUUAUACAGUCCGCCAUCUCAAUUUUCAGACUCACGUUAACACCUCGUACAAAUAUAUUGUUGCGCAGAGCGACUUGUCAACGAGUACUAGUCAACAGGAAGAUAUAAAGGAACAUCGACAAUUAAGAAAUAAUGAAUUUUUUAAAACUACCAUCCGGCAAGUCUCGAGGACACGCUAUUUUUUUCCAACCGACCAACUGUUCUCAUUUUCAUGUAUGUCCCCGUCGGGACACGACCAAGAUACCAAUAGCUUUACUACCCAAGCAUUGCAUAAAAUGCACAGAAAUCAUACGUCAUGCGCGUUUGAUAAUGUAAUGAAAUCGAAGGAUAAUGUCAACCAAACGAUAAAUUAUCAUUUGUACAAAUCGAAAAUUAAAAGUUUAAAACAAGAUGAAGAGGAUUUACAAGAAGAUCAGCAAAGAUAUUUGACAGAAGAAAUAUCUUGGACUGGGGAACAUUUUCAAAAACCUAUUUGCGAUGAUCUAGACUCUGUAAAUAAUCAAAUCACGAUACUUGUACGGCUCUAUGAUCACGAAGCGAAUCUAGAAGCAACCAAGCGAGUCUUGAGCACAAACGAGUGCAAGAAGAAAUGCAUAGUUACUCUACCUCGUAACGCAAUAUGCUCCAACAUGAAAAUGGAAAUCGAGUACAACAUAAAGCUAACAUUCUGGGUUUAUCUCGUUAUUCGAGUAUUCAUAGGUAUUAUUAGUGGUACAACUUUUGCCAUGUUCGAAGGUGCUGUUAUAGCGAUAUUACGAGAGCAAGAGGCAGAUUACGGUCUUCAAAGAAUUUAUGGGAGUAUAGGAGGCAUGAUUUCCUCACCCUUGUCAGGUCUUCUCAUAGAUUACGUUAGCGAGGGUAAAGGAUACACAGAUUUUAGGCCAGCGUUUUAUCUAUACGCAGCAUUGAAACUUGCAUCGGGCGUUCUUAUGUUGCUAAUCAACUUAGAAUUCAAGGCACCCGCUAGGAACGUAGUGCGUGACGUCUUCACUGUCUUAAGAAACAUUGAAACCGCCGCACUCUUCCUUGCAUGUUUCAUUCUCGGUACCGCCUGGGGAUACAUCGAAUCGUUUCUCUUCUGGCUGAUCCAAGACUUGGGAGGAUCUAGAUCGCUUAUGGGUAUCACGGUAGCAGUAGGCGGUAUCGCCGGCAUACCGUUGCUGGCACUCUCAGGACCAAUCAUAUCAAAGAUUGGUCACGCAAACGUGCUUUUCAUAGGUUUCGUGUUUUACGCCAUCAGGCUCGUCGGCUAUUCUUUGAUUUACGAUCCUUGGCUUACUUUAAUCUUCGAGGCAUUAGAGUCAGUUACAACGUCUCUCAGCUUCACCGCAGCCGUCACUUACGCGGCAAAAUUAUCAACCACGUCUACCGACAGCUCGAUACAAGGAUUGCUUGGCGGUGUUUACUACGGAGUUGGCAAGGGCUCCGGCAGUUUGAUCGGCGGUUAUCUAAUGAAAGGCUUUGGUACCAGACCGACCUACAGGAUUUUUGCUGUGAUAACUUUAGUGACCGGUAUAAUAUAUUUUAUAUUCAAUGCGACUUAUUUAAAGAAGCGCUCUCAGCUCGAAGGCAAUGAUAUCAUAAAGCAGAAACCGAAAAAAGUUAACGGACAAGAUACCCCCGAGAAACAUGCGACUGAUAGCCUCGACGAAAAACCGCAAAGCGAACGAACUGAUAGUAAAAGCAACACGAUGGAAAGUGAUAAUAAAGGAUUUAUAAAAGAAGAAUCGAAAAAUAACAAAACAACGGAUGAACUGAAUUUAACUCAGAUCGAAGCUAUUAGAAAUGCUAGAAACAUUGAUGAAAUUGAACAAAAUCCAAUUAGAAAACAUGAAGACAAAUUAGCAACAAAGGGCAAUGAGAUUCAAAGGAAGGUUGAAGAAAGCGAUACGCAAGAGAGCUGUUUUAUUAAUCCGAAUUUUGAGACUGACAAUUUAGAUCAGAGUAAAAUCACAGUGGAAAAUGAACAGAGCACAUCGCAAAAUGACAAGCAUAUCGAUUGAGCUUGAAGGAUCCUGAGGAUUUCUAGUUUAACGGUAGUCAGUUAAGAAAUUGGUUGCAAUAACAGCGCAAGCAGUAUUUUAUGACGUUGAGAGAGGAAGAGAAAUAAAUUAGUCUAAAAUUUCAAUUUUAUUCGAAAGAAAAAAAGAUAAAAAGUUACUUAGCGUCGUCUGUGCUUGUAAUUAGUCGAAUAGCAAGAAGUCCAUAGAUUCAAAAAGUAUGCAUUAAUAAAUCAAACCGACCAAUCUAAUUUAUCAAUUGUAUAUAAAAGUAUGUACACAUUACAUAAAACUUUGCUAAUUUAUUAAUAAACAAGGAUUAAAUAAA